UUUAAACAAACAAUCAAGCUUCUACUGGAAUGAGCGCGAAUGCUUGUUGUUUAUGCGAAACUUUUAGAUACUUAGAAUUCUUUUACGUUAUUUUAAAUCUCAUCAUUAAAUGUGUCAUUGAUAGAAACAAAUAGUUUUUAAUACAAAUUAUAGUUUUCAGUUUCCUGAACUUUUACUGGAAAUUUAAUUUUCUAAAACCGCUGUUAAACUGACGUUGACAAAUAUUUGGGUCCUUGGAUUGUCACUGUGGAUAUUUUUAUUUGUGACUUGGUAUUAUUUUUUUACUACCAUGGAUGACAUAUCUCGAAAAAAUGAAACAGCUUCUGCAGAAUCGAAUAUUGCUGCAGAAAGGCUAGCUGAGUAUGAAAGUGUAAAAAACUUUGAUCCCAAUUUUCCAGAUACUUUUGAAGGUUUUGGAUAUAAGUUCAAUGACUUUGGCCAGCUCCGUCAUAUCACCACUGGCACUCCAUUUGAAUUUAACGUCAUGAAAGAUGAUCAAGUCUAUAAUCAAAAGCGAUAUGAAGCAAUCGGUGAACUUGUCACAAAUUAUGUCUAUAAUCUACUAGAAGAAGAGGGUCAACUUAAAAGAAUGUACCUGCCUUUGGAUGCAACAAAAAAGGAACCCAGAACUUUCAUUUUUCAUAGUGAUGAUGCAUUUACUAAUGAAAGACUUGUCAUAUUAAUUCAUGGGAGUGGAGUUGUCCGAGCUGGACAAUGGGCUAGACGGUUAAUCAUAAAUGAUUGCUUAAAUAGUGGUACACAAAUGCCAUACAUUAAAAGAGCGAAAGGACUCGGCUAUGGGGUUAUUGUUCUUAAUACAAAUGACAACAAACAAGAAAUAAAAGGAGUAAAUCAUAAAAUUAGGGGUUGUGAGUCACCAGAAAGUCAUGCAAAUUAUGUAUGGAAAAAUGUCAUCAUGGCUAAAGCAGCUGCAAAAUAUAUUGCCAUUGUUGCUCAUAGUUAUGGAGGCAUAGUUACUGUAAAUAUGUGUCGGACAUUCCCAGAUUCAUUCCAAGAGAAAGUUAUCGCCAUUGCAUUUACAGAUUCCCCCCACAAUUUAAUUCUACAGGGUCUCUCAGAGCCUUUAAUUGAGUGGUUUCGAAAGGUUGCUCGUAACUGGGUGUCAAACAAUUUGCCUCUUGAUACUUUCUUGCCUCCUAUUGACGCAUUUGAAGUCGAAUGUUAUUCAGCAGGAACGCAGCGGCACGAUUUAACAUCCUGGAUGAGUUUUGCGUCAGUUUAUGAAUUUAUUGAUAAUAAAUACAGAAAAGCAGUUUCAUCCGGAGAUCUUUGAAGGGAAAAAAAAGUGUUUUUGUACUGCGCUCAAGAUGUACUUCAUAGUUGCCAACUCUACUGGAUUUUGCCAGCUUCUCCUGGUCUACUGGUCUAAUAAAAAUUCUCCUGGAUUUGUACAUUCUUAAAAAUUCCCUAAAAUUGAGUAAGUUUCCUGGAGAAAUCCCUAUUGAAAUAGAAUUUUUGCACAGAUUAUUACUUGCUUGAAUAUUUAAAUAAUUGUUAUUAAUACAAAAUGAAUCGAGCCUCAUUUAUAAAAAUCAGUUUAAAACUUUUCGUUCUAAAAUUUUGAGUUUAUUUUUAUUCAGAAGUUCCUUUUUUAAUUAAUGAAAAAUCCUUUAACUAUCUUCGAUGAAUUAAAUGCGUAUUAAUAUGCGAAAUUAUGAAUAAACAUAAUGCGUAACAUUUCAGUAAUGUUAAUCAUGACAAGAAAUUAUUGAAGAUUUUCUAUUUUGGUGACUAUAAAAAUCCCUAAAAUUCCCCAUGUGUAAAAUAUUUAGUACCUUUUGCAACAACUAUCAUGAAAUUUAUAUUAUUUUGUGAAAUCUACUGGAUUUUUUCCUAUCCAAGUUAGCAGCUAUGAUGUACUUGUACCUAAUGUUUUCAUAACUACCGUCCGAAUAUUGGGAUCUGUAAAACUAACGGUAGCAGCUUUUACUACAUUCCUUUAUACUAUGUAAAUAAAUGUCAAAAAUUAUUAAAGCAUAUUAAUGUUUUGUGGAUAAAUCUGAGUUGCAUUUCGUUAACAGCAGAUGUCGCUACUAUGUCUUUGUUAAGCGUUUAGUUUUGAAAUGGAUGUUUACUGCUGUUUACAGGAUUUGGAGAAAAAAAAUCGAUUUCGAAGUAACCUCUAUUUAUCGAAGUCGCUAAAUCCCGAUAAUAAGUUCGUUAUAUGGAAAAUUCGUCAAAUAGAAAAUUACCUAUUGAAAUGCAAAACAUGUUUUAAAUUCAUAAACACUAGACAUAGUUAAAAUAGCAAUUAAUACACCUUUAUCUUUAAAACUAGUAUCUACUAUAUAUUUUUUAAAUCUUAACCAUAAAAGAAAUCUGCAUGGAAACCAAGAAUAGAGCAAAAAAUUAUCCAGAGUUACACAUGCUACAUACAUUUUCAACUAAAAAAAAGCUAAAUUUAUGUAUAAAAUUAUAGCUGCAUUUAUUAUAAAAGUAAUUUUAAACGCACCACAUGCAUUCUUAAAUUUAAUUGCUACUGAUAAAAUCCAUUAAUUUUGUCUGAGUUUUUCGUUUGAAAUGCAAACGAAAAGGGAAAGGGAUUUUUCUGCUUUCUCUAUAAGUUAAGUGGCUACGAAAAACAAUUCAAAGUGGAUCUCAAGGAAAAGUCCGUUAAAUUCGAAAAUUCAUUUCGUUAUUUUACGAAGAAAUUUUCAAAAUGUUUUUGGUUCCUCGAAAAAAUCGCAAAAUUGAGAAAUUCGCAACAUCGUUAAAUAGAACUCCGACUGUAAUUCUAAUAUGUGGUAUUUCAAGUUUCAAAACUCCGCAUUUUAUGAAAAUAACUAUAAAAUAAAUGAAUUCCAAUGUGUUCUGGAGAAGUAUUUAGUUCAUGCGACCAGAAAAUUACGAAAGAAAGCAAGUUUUUUUGAACACUCUAUGCCAGGAAAUCAAGCAAUACGCUUGUAACUUGUAUCAAUUACUUGGGUUGUUAUUUGCAAUGACAGCAUAAAAUUUUGUUAAUCUAGCUUAAAUAUUUAUGCAGAUAUGAAUAUUUUUUAUUAUCUAAUUUUUUUUUCUUAUUUUCUUUUCUGUAACUUUAAAAAUAUUCAGUAAAUUAAACAAAAUUUUUGGAGCAAUUAAAAAUUAAUUACAAAAUUAUUGUUUUAAAAUUUGGAGAAAAAUAAAUUGUCAAAAAAUGCGCAGGAUAUGAGUAUUUAAAGUAGUUCUUUUGUACUGCGCAUGCGCGAAAUUUUUUUUUUUUUCUUUUUCUCAUAAUUUUGUAGUGAAUAAACUAUUGGAAAGAAUCUGAUUUAAAUAUCUUUAAAAUAAAAAAAAGUUUCAAUCAAUUUUCCUCCAUAAAUAUUUAAGCUAGAUUUACGAAAUUUUAUGCAGUCAUUACAAAUAACAACGAAAGUAAUCGUUACAAGCUUAUAGCUUGAUUUUCUGGCAUAAGGUGUUCAAAAAUACUUAUUUUCGUUUCGUUGUCGGUCCCUAAAACGCCUGAAAGCUUUAAACUUUAUCACAAAGUAUAAAAAAUCCCAUGAACCAAGCACUUUUAAAAUUACGAAAUAGGCCUCUAAGUUUUUCUUUAGAAAUUCAAAAAAAUAUCAAAAACCUAAAUUGUCUCUUCCAUUAAAGUAAGGUAGUGUAUAUAAACUGGGAGAUGUUUCUUAAAUCUCGUUUCAACUCUUCUCUGUUUGUUCCGGCAAUCAAACAGGUUGUGAGGCUCUUAGUCGCAACUUCUUCCAUAAUUAUUCGUUAAAUUUUGAUACCUUUUUCAUUUUUUGUUCGCUUAAAUAUUUAUUUGCAAACCCCUUUCGACAUAAAUUUUCAAUAUGGAUUUUUAAAAAUAUAUGCAAAUUAGUGAUUUCAUAGCAUCCUGUUUAAGUAAUAAUAAGUAUGUUACAUCUUACGCUGCAUAAAACUCUCGUUUUUAAAUAGAAGAAAAGUAAAAUUUCAAUGUAGGAAAAGAAAUAUGCGAUUUUAAACUUAUUCAUGUGUAAAACGAAUUGUUCCAUAAAAUUCCUUUUUAAACCGAAAUAAAAUUCUUUAGGUUAAAAUUGAAUAAUCAAACGAGCUUUUUUAGCUAUUAUUUAAAGCUGCCUUCUCCUGUUAAGAAUCGUAUAAAAUUUCUUAAACUGAGUAAAAUACCAAUUUCUCGAGUUCGAAAAAAGAUCGCAAUUUCAAAGUCAAUUUCUAAUUUAAAAACUUUUAAAAAAUGUAUCAAUACACCUUGUGAAUUUCACAAUAUGAUUCAAAUUUAGAAAAUAAAUUUAAAAGGGGUAGAAUUUGCCUAUACUUUUACGUGAAAUUGGCCAAAUUUACCUAUAUUUUUACAUUAAAUUUUAAGAAUUUACCUACACCUAUGUAUUGAAUGAAUAGAAUGUGUCUAUAUUUUAUCAUUUAAUGGACAAAAUUGCCUAUGCUUUUGAAUUAUUUGUAGAAAAUGUUGCCAAUUUUUUAAAGUUGAUUGCUGUUAGUCUUACUUUUCAACAAGAGUAAAAUACAUAGAUUAAAAUAAUUUAAUGUCUAUGCCAUAGGCUAAUUUGAUAAUCCGACGCUUUGCAAACUGCCAAAGCAACUUAGCAAUGCGCCUAACAAAUAACGUCUGUUAAUUAUGUAGAACUUUCUUUCUGUUGCUGUAUAUUGUGCUGUAACGAAUCAUAUACAAAGGGCGUUCCAUAGAAAACCGAGAGUAAUAUCAUAAAAGAAAAAUCAAGAAAUGUUAUUUACAGAAAAAAUAAAUUUCUUUUCUUCUUCUUUUUUUCAAAAUACAUUCCCUCAGACGAUAUGCAACAGUACCAUUUUGCAAUCCCACUUUUUAAAAAAAGAAGAGAAGCUUUUUUGUGGAUACUGAUUCAAAGAAUCCUGCACAGCUGAAAUACUGUUAGAAUCUUCUUAAACGUCGGAAACAGCCAGUGAGAGAUCAGGACUGUAAGGGAAAUGUGGAAGAUUGCAUUUACUAAGAUAUUACUGAAGAGCACAACGCAUUUCGUUUUUCAACUUAUAAAUACUCAACUCUAUUUCUAAAGAGAAAAUAAAAACAGUUAUUCAAACAAGAACUAGAAAUAUAAAAUCGUUUGCUUCGUUUAGAAUAUUUUUAAACGUUAAAUUAAUAUUUUGAAAAAAAUCGCAACUUUCAGUUUUUAUAGAGUGUAGUUUGUAUAUAAUCAUUAAUUCCAUGUAGCAUUAAUUCCAUCGAGCAAAUGAAAACAGUUGUUCAAACAAGAACAAGGCUAGAUAAAUAAAAUCGUUUGCUUCGUUUAGAAUAAUUUUAAACGUUCAAUUAACAUUUUGAAAAAAAUCGCAACUCUCAGUUUUUAUGGAAUGCAGUUUGUAUAUAAUCAUUAAUUCCAUGUUAACUUGCUGUAAUUUUAUACUUUUAAAUACGUGUAUUUAAAAUGUACAUGAUUUUUUUUAACUUGGUUAUGUAGAAUAAAGGAUGUAAUAUAUAACCAAAAAAUAAGUGAAAAUGUUUCUUGUGUAUAGUAAUAUAUAAACAACCUUUAUCGUAUCUUAGUUUAUUUUGAUCUAAUAAAAUGUUUAUCUAUA